AUCCAUACAAUUAAAUAAGAAAAACUCGCUUACAAUCUUCCAAAUUUGAAAAAUGGCGAAAAUAGUAGCCUUUUCAUUUGCCAUGGUUUUCAUUGCCAUGAUGACCAGCUCAUUGGGUCGCGAGUUUCCACUAGCAGAACAACCCAAGCACACCAAGAUUCACGUGUUCCUUAACAACAUCCAGACCCUGAAUCCUUUGCCGAGCGAGACGGUAGCUCAGUCCAGCACUACCGCCUCCUCGCCAACAGGAUUCGGGAAGGUGCUUGGAGUAGAUGCUCCCAUGACCAAGGUUUCCAUGUCGGAGAACAUCAACGCCGAGGUUGUCGGUCGGAUUCAAGGGCUCGCUAUAUCAGCCGGACAUGCCGAAUUUGCUGGCGUAGAUCUCCUCACCUUCGUUUUCAACGAAGAUGGCCCGUACAAGGGUAGCACCCUUACCGCUGUCGGCCGUAUUAUGCCGGCUUUGACAGAGUUUACCGAAAUCAAUCACCUUAUCAUCGUCGGCGGGACAGGCCUUUUCCAGAGGGCUCAAGGACGUAUCAGCUCCAGGACUGUGUUUGUUGAUCCCAAACUCGGAGAUGUCUCUGAGCUGAAGUUGGACUUCUAUCACUACCCACCAACCCCUAAACACAGUGAUAAAUGAUGAUUCAAGAGUAUCAUUCUUUGUUCUCUCAUAUCAGCCAUGCAUAUUUCUUUCAUCAACGUUUCUUAGGUUGUUGUUGCUGUUUUUUUUUUCUCUUCUUGAAAAAAAUAUCCAUUGUAAUCAAUAAAGAGAUACGAGCCACUCCGGCGACGUAUCAGUGUUUAUGGUUUAUAAUUUGAAUUUGUCGAUUCCUUUGUACGCCGUUUAGUUCGACUUUGUCCUACAUUUUGGCCAGCUUCGCUGGAUUUCAUUAACAAGGCUAAUGAUUAUGCAUAUUGAGAUU